UAUUAAUCACGAAUAUUCUAACGUAACUUUUAAAAAAAUUCUAUAAGUAUAUCCAUUCUCGUCAUGUAAAUACACCCGGUUGGGUUUGUUUAUAAGAAUAUAGGUCGUCUUAUAUAGUUCGAAAAAUAAACGCACUUUAAAAAUAGUCUGUUAAAUUAGCACAUUUAAUUGAUUAAACACGUGUAUAAACUAAUCUAUAAGAAAUUAACGAAUUUAAAUGCUUUUUUAUAAUAAUAGACUACUGAAGCUAUUGUAAAAUGUAAUUUUUAAUUGGACUAAUGUAUUUAUCAUCCGCAUUAGUUACAUACACAAAAUUUUGUCAAGAUGUCAAUUUUAUUUAUCUGCUAUUCGUUUCUUAUUUAAAAGUGGGCGUUGAUUAGCAGAAACUUCAGUUUGACCUUCACUGUCCAGCGCCUUGAACCCUGCAAAGAGGAUAGUGUUACUUUUCUUUCUCCAUUUAUGCUGUGAAAGAUAGAUUGAUAAUAGCUAAAAAAUUUUAUCAGCACAAAUGAAUUUUAAAGAUUUUAAUAGAAAAACAUUUUCUGAAAAAAGAAAUAUAUAUUGUUUUCGAAAAAGACAUGUUAAAAUGUAUUGUAUGUUGUAAUUUCUUUUCCCAUUCAAUCGAAUCCAUACCGGAAAAAAUCGUAUUUUCUUUUUCCAAUCAUUUAGAACUGUCUAAAAAUAUCUGCAAUGUUGAAAUCCGAGUCCUCUCUGAAUUUACACUCGACCUCCAACCUCUAUGUCGGUAACGGGACACUUGUGAAGUACCAAAUUCUGUCACAUGCGCACGCCAAUGGCUCCUCCCUUCCCUCACUGGCCACUUGAAAGCAGUGUCGAGUGGAAUUAGAGGCAGUAGGUUUAGGUGGCCCAUCGAAGAUGUAAUGGCGGGACGGGUGAGAACAGACGAUUUGGGUGGAUCUAUGGGGAUGCUUUUAGAUGGGCACUUUAUUGGUGUUAUAUAACAAUGGGUAAUUGCAUUGGAAGAUCUAAGCGACGCUUUCGUAGUCCUUCUCCCGAUUGUCGAUGCUCUUGUCAUCGACAAAAUGGGAAGAAAAAGGUUAUCGCAGCUUGUGAACCAGUAGUCAACUACGAAUUGCAAAGUCACGAAGGAGUAAAGUUAUCCCAUCCAAGACGGUCGAGAAGUCCUGGCUCCCAUUCACUUGAAAGAACAAGAGGCCCAAGGAUUUAUGAAAGACCAACAAGUUUUAUAAUGGAUAUCAUGUAUGUUACAGAAAGGAUUAUUGCUAUCACAUUUCCAGAAAUGGGUAGCAAUGCUCUUUAUAAAAGUAACUUAAAAGAAGUAGCACACAUGUUGAAAACAAAGCAUGGAACAAGAUAUAUGGUAUUUAAUUUAUCGGAAAGAAGACAUGAUUUAAUUAAACUUAAUCCUCAGGUUUUAGAUUUUGGAUGGCCACAAUAUCUAGCACCCCCUUUAGAAAGACUAUGUAGUAUUUGUAAAUCUCUUGAUUCUUGGCUUUCUCAAGAUCCCCAACACAUUGCUGUUUUACACUCUAAGGGCGAUAAAGGAAGAACAGGAAUAGUAAUAGCAGCCUACAUGCAUUAUAGUAAUAUCUGUGCAAGUGCGGAUCAAGCAUUGGAUAGGUUUGCAAUGAAAAGGUUUUAUGAUGACAAAUUAUCUAGAGCAAUGCAUCCUUCACAAAAAAGGUAUAUUCACUAUUUUGCUGGGCUGCUUUCUGGUGCAAUUAGAAUGAACAAUAGUACACUUUAUUUGCAUCACAUUAUCAUACAUGGUGUGCCUAAUUUUGAUUCCAAAGGAGGCUGUAGACCUUUUGUAAAGAUAUAUCAAGGGAUGCAUCCUAUUUAUACCUCAGGAGUGUACAUUGUUACAGAAAGGUCAAGAAGAAUUAUUAUAACUGUAGAACCUUCAAUUCAGUUAAGAGGAGAUAUCUUAGUAAAAUGCUAUCAUAAAAAACAACGUCCUGCAGGUCGUUCUGUUAUUUUUAGGGUUCAGUUUCAUACAUGUACCUUAGAUAGUGAUCGUCUUGUCUUUUUAAAAGAAGAACUUGAUGAUGCAGCAUUUGAUGCAAGGUUUUCUGAAGAUGGUAAAGUAGAACUACAGUUUUCAUAUCACCAAGGGGAUUAUAAAGGCAAUGGAUCCAUUCAUGAUGCUAUGGUACCAGUAGAUAAUAGCUAUGAUCCGUUAGUAAGAUCAGAUUCAUAUGAAGCUUUUGAUCUAGCACCAGAAGAUCAUAUAGAAGGCUCUGAAGAAAUAUUGGAAACAGAUAGAGAACAAGUUCAUCAUACUGAGGGACCAUUGGAUGGUAGUUUGUAUGCAACUGUUAUUAAGAAAAAGCCAUUAAUAAUUACAUCAUCAUCAUCAUCUUCAUCACCACCAAAUAAUCAAGAUAAUUUAAGUGAUGCUGAUGGUCCACAUCUCAGUAUGGACUCGGGAAUAUCAUCUGCAUCUGGUAUACAAGUAACAGCUCAUUCUCCCCCUCUUGCAACAAAACAACAAGCUCAAGUGAAUGGAAAUAUCACUCAAACGUCUGGUAUUAUUCAAGUUGAAGUUUCUCACAAGACUGAAGUUACUGUUGGACAACCAAACAUGUCUCCUCCAAAAGAAGAAUGUAAACAAUUAGAUGAAUUACUUAAUGGGAUGUUGCAAGAAAUACAGUCAAUUCCAGAUCUUCCUCCUCAUAGUUUACCUAUUACCUACUUGCCUGUUUCUAAAUCAUCUCAUGAACAUUCUACACAAGAUAAACCAUAUAAUGAAACCAAAUCUCAACUUACACAACAAUUAGUGCCAAGUAAUGUACAAAAUGUUUCAUCAUCUGUGAUAAGUGUUAAAGAACCAAAACAAAUAGAUAUUUCUAAUAAAUCUCAUGAAGUCAACUUUACUUCUGAUUCAAAAGAUAGUAAGAAAAUGGAAUUUUCUACUAAUUCUUCAAGUCAACCAUCAGAAAGUCUCCAUAUCAUGCCACUAGCACAUUCUCAGGAACAUACAACUGGUUCUUUCAAAGAAUGUAUCUUUGAUGAUCACAGAAGAAGUUGAAGUUUCUCACAAGACUGAAGUUACUGUUGGACAACCAAACAUGUCUCCUCCAAAAGAAGAAUGUAAACAAUUAGAUGAAUUACUUAAUGGGAUGUUGCAAGAAAUACAGUCAAUUCCAGAUCUUCCUC